AUGGUGGAUCCACUGAAAAUAUUUUGGGUUCUGACAAACAGCACUUAUUUAGUUACUAAAUUCAUCAAAACUGGUAUCGCCGACAAGAACGACUAUCCGCUCUACUUCGAGAAGGUCGUCUAUGAAGCAGACAUCGAUGAAAAUGUGGAAAUCAAUCACAACUUUCUCAACGUCACCGCAAAGACACAUGGUGAGGCGUCCGGUAUACGAUACAAGAUCUCGGGCGGUAACAUAGGCAAUGUGUUUGGCAUACGCAACACGACCGGUGCGCUGUACGUGGCCAAGGCGUUAGAUUACGAGAAGAUCAAAAAGUACGAGCUACGCCUGACAGCAUCGGAUAAUUUCAAGGAAAACGACACCACCGUACUGAUUAACGUUCGAGACGUAAACGACAAUCCACCAGUGUUUGAGAAAUCGUCAUAUCGCACACAAAUAACCGAAGAGGACGACCGGGGUCUACCGAAACGUGUGCUGAGGGUCACAGCAUCCGACGCCGACGUGGAGCGACCGAACAACAUCAUCUACUUCCUGACCGGGCCCGGUAUCGACAUCGAAAAUCCCUCCGAGAGCAACUUCGACAUCAACAAGGCCACGGGGGAAAUAUUUGUGCUGAAGCCCCUCAACCGCGAUCCGCCACAUGGAAGAGCCUCGUGGAAGUUCACCGUGUUCGCACAAGAUGAAGGCGGUGAAGGAUUGGUCGGCUUCACGGAGGUUCAGAUAAACCUGAAGGAUGUGAACGACAAUGCACCCCUAUUCCCGAACGGCAUCGCGUACGGGAACGUGACGGAAAACGGUACCAUCGGCAUGCACGUGAUGACCAUUAAGGCGGAAGACUAUGAUGACAUCAACGAGGGCACCAACGCGAAGGUGAUCUACUCGAUCGAGAAGAAUGCGAUCGAGGAGGACACCGGGUUGCCGAUUUUCGACAUCAACCCGGACACGGGGGUCAUCACGACGGCCGUCUGUUGUCUCGAUCGGGAGAAAACACCCGACUACUCGCUGCAGAUCGUGGCUACCGAUGGCGGAGGGUUGAAGGGUACGGGUACGGCAUCGAUCAAGGUGAAGGACCUUAACGAUAUGCCACCGCGGUUUACCAAAGACGAGUGGUUUGUGGAGGUGGAAGAGACGGACGGUACGGUGCUGCCCGAUGCACCGAUCCUGACGGUCACCGUGAACGACGAUGACGAAAUUAACAACUUCCAGUACAAGAUCAUCGAGAGCAGCGGAUACGGCGCGGAUAAGUUCGCGAUGGUAAAGAACGCCGAUGGUACGGGCAGUUUGAAGGUAGUGCAGCCGCUUGACUUCGAGGAUCCGAUGCAGAUCAAUGGGUUCCGCUUUCGGAUACAGGUGAUCGACAACGAGGGCAUCGACGAGAGCGACAAGUAUCACGUCGAUCACUCGUGGGUGAUUGUCAAGCUGAAGGAUAUUAACGACAACACACCACGGUUCAAGAAACCGCACAUCGAGGCGGCGGUGUACGAGAACGCGGAAGUCGGCAAGAACUUGGGCACGUUCAAAGCGGUCGACAUUGACAAAGGUGGUAAGAGCAAGAUCACGUACAGCAUCAAUAGAGCCACCGAUCGAAAGCGUCAGUUCGCCAUCAACCAGGACGGUUCGGUGACGAUCCAGCGCGCACUAGACCGUGAGUCCACCGCCAAGCAUUCGCUUGAGAUCCUCGCCACGGACGACGGUGUGCCACCCCGAACCGCGUCCGCCAUCCUUACCGUGCUGGUGAAGGACAUCAACGACAAUGCACCCGAGUUCGCCGAAGACUACCGGCCAAUUCUGCUCGAGAACUCACCACCAUCGAAGAUCAUCGAAAUCUCCGCAAACGAUCGGGACGAUCGGCUCAAGGGUAAUGGUCCGCCGUUCCAAUUCCGCAUGGAUCCGGACGCGGACGAUGUCAUCCGCACGUCGUUCAAGGUGGAGCAGAACAACAAGGGUGAUGGGAUGGCCAUCAUUUCCUCGCUGGGAUCAUUCGAUCGGGAGUAUCGCAAGCAGUACACCAUCCCGAUCGUGAUCAAGGACUCCGGAACGCCACCGCAAACCGGCACGAGUACGCUGACGAUCACGAUCGGUGAUCUGAACGAUAACAUCAUGCAACCCGGGUCGAAGGAGGUGAUCGUGUACAACUACCUGGGACAAGCGCCGGACACACCGAUUGGCCGGGUGUUUGUGAACGAUCUGGAUGACUGGGACACGUCGGACAAACUGUUCUACUGGGACGAAGCCGAGAACCCACGCUUCAAGCUGGACGACACGUCCGGUAUGGUGACGAUGAGACGGGGGGCCCGCGAGGGUCGGUACCGGUUACGGUUCAAGAUCUACGAUCGCAAGCACGCACAAGAGUCGUACGCUAACAUGUCGGUGAACGUGAAACACAUCUCGUACGAGGCGAUCGUCAACUCGGGCUCGGUACGGUUGGCCGGCAUUACGGACGAGGACUUCAUUCGCAUCUGGAACUACCGGACGCAAAACAUCUUUAGAAGCAAGCUCGAACGAUUCCGGGAGAAGCUAGCCGACCUGCUGAACGUCGACGCGAAGAACGUGGAAGUGUUCAGCGUUCAGAUGAAGGAUCGAACUGUUCCGCUGACGGAUGUACGGUUUGCUGUCCGCGGUGCGUACUACUACAAGGCGGUGCAGCUGAACGGAAUCAUACUGCUGCACAAGGAAGACAUCGAGCAGGACGUGGGUAUCAACAUUACCAUGGUCAACGUGGAUGAGUGUCUGCUGGAGAACGCCGACUGCGGAGGUUCGUGCACUUCCAUCAUCGAGGUCCAGACGAACCCGUGUCUGGUAAACGCGAACAAGACGGCCCUAGUUGGUGUGCAGAUCAACUCGACCGCCGAGUGUGUAUGCAGUUCGCGAGAGUACAAGCAACAACAGACGUGCAAAUCCCAUCCCUGUCUCAACGGGGGCCGCUGUACGGACUCGAAAUCGGGCAUUCGGUGUUCCUGCCCACCCGGCUACACCGGACCCCGGUGUCAGCAGGUCGUGCGUAGCUUCCGAGGCAACGGAUGGGCCUGGUAUUCCCCGCUGGAUAUGUGCGACAAGUCACACAUAAGCGUGGAGCUCAUCACAACGAAGGCCGACGGGUUGAUCUUCUACAACGGCCCGAUCACUCCCCCGAAAGAGGACGACAGCGCCAAGCAGCUGUCGGAUUUUAUUGCCCUCGAGUUGGAGCAGGGCUACCCAAGGUUUCUCAUCGACUACGGUUCGGGUACGCUCGAACUACGCAUCCAAACGAAACAUCCGCUCAACGACGGUGAAUGGCACCGGAUCGAUGUGUUUUGGGACACCGAGCAGGUGAAGAUGGUGGUGGACUUUUGCAAGACGGCCGAGAUCACCGAAGCGGACGAUGGCAAUCUGGUGGAGUUUGUCGAUCACACCUGCCAGGCGAUCGGGAAGGUACCGCCGUUCAACGAGUAUCUCAACCUCAACACCCCGCUGCAGAUUGGAGGCCUGUUCCGGGAUAAGUUUGACUACACGUACAGCCGGUGGCAGUACAUGCCCGUCGGGGCCGGCUUCGAGGGUUGCAUCCGUGAGUUCAAACACAAUGGCAUUCUGUACGAUCUCUCCCACCCGGGACUGUCGAAGGGUUCGGCACCGGGAUGUCUGUACACGCAGGAGGUGUGCGAUCUAAACCCCCAGGUCGCUCGCUGCCUCGAGCACGGCAAGUGCGUCGGUAGGUACGAUGAGGCCAAGUGCGAGUGCAACCCGGGCUGGACGGGUACGUACUGCAGUCUGCCGACCACACCAACCACCUUUAAAACGCACAGCUACGUGAAGUACGCGCUCAGCUUCGAGCCGGAUAAGUUCACCACGCAGAUCCAGCUGCGCUUCCGGACGCGCGAAACGUACGGCGAGCUGUUCCGCAUCAGUGACCAGCAUAUGCGCGAGUACGGCAUCAUCGAGUUGAAGGGAGCGAAGGUUUACUUCCGGUACAGUCUCAACACGGGCCAGGUGGAGGAGCAGGAGGUAGCGUUGACGGCGGUCGAGGUCGACGAUGGCCAGUGGCACGUGGUGAAGGUGCAGCGGUACGGUUCGGCGGCCAUCCUCGAGCUGGAUGGGGGCGAAGGUGCCAACUUUAACCAGAGCUUCUCGUUCGAUGGCCACCAGUGGCUGUCGGUCGACAAGCAGGAGGGUGUGUACGCGGGUGGCAAGCCAGAGUUUACCGGCGUCAAGACGUAUGACGUGAAGUCGGACUACCAGAAGAGCUGCAUCGAUGACAUAAGGUUGGAUGGUAAGAGUCUGCCACUGCCUCCCGCUACGAACGGCACUCAGUGGGGACAGGCGACCACGGCGAAGAAUAUCGAUCGCUACUGUUCGUCCAACAAUCCGUGCCAAAACGCGUACUGCCCGGAUCCAUUCGAGUGCGUCGACUUGUGGAACAAGUACGAAUGCGCCUGCGGUGAUGGUAUGAUCAUCUCGCCGGAGGGUAAAACCUGCAUCGAUCGCAACGAGUGUCUGGACUACCCGUGUCUGAAUGGCGGCACUUGCAUCAACCAGGAGCCCCGCCUGAAGUACAAGUGCAUCUGCCCGGACUCGUACUGGGGCGAGAGUUGUGAGUUUCUGAAGGAACGACAAGCGCUUAAAUUCAGCACCAGUGCCUUGGCCGCCGUAAUAGCCUGCCUAUUACUGAUCAUUAUUUUGCUGUUUUUAUACUUUUCCUGCUCGCGUCGCCGGUCGGCCAACUUCAACAAGAAACCGGCCACCAAGGACGACAUCCGCGAGAACAUCAUUAACUACUGUGACGAGGGCGGUGGCGAGAACGAUAUGACGGCGUUCGACAUGAAGACGCUCAAAAUACCGAUCGGCCCGCUGCCGGAGCUCGUCCAACAUAAGGCACCGCCAGUACGUCCAGAUAUUGCCGUCGUGUCCGACCAGGUCGUCGGCAAGGUGGACGUGUUCCUGGACGACCGGAAGCGACGCGUCGACAUCGACCCAGGUUCCGGGCCAUUCGACGAUCUGCGUAACUACGCCUACGAAGGUUGUGGGAGUACCUCUGGCUCGCUAAGUUCCUUACAGUCAGGUACGGACGAUGAACCCCAUGAGUAUAGCUUUUUAACCACAUGGGGUCCCCGUUUCGAUAAGUUAGUCAAUAUUUACGAACCAAGCAAAGCGCCGGUGGAGGAUGACGAUGUUAGUUAA